AUGGACAGCGACAUGAGCCAGAAUACCGCGAGGAAGGAGUCGAUUCAAUACAGGGAGAGCACAGGUCAUGCCCUUUCCACGAUCCCAACAUCGGUGACACUGUCAGCGGAGCAGUUCGAGAAGCUCUAUCUGACACCUAUGACCCGUCACCAGCCUGCACUUGCCAAGCAAGUCGGGAACCCGACACCAUUAACAUUAGCUGACGAAAUCCAAUUCCAGAGCGCUGGGAGGUUUUGUUAUCACGACAACACCACUUUCGUGUUGUUUAAUGGCCUGGAGAGGAGCCAGUGGGAAUGGAGUUGCAUUCAUGUAAGAGAUCUUCACGAUGGCAAAGUAUUUGAGACUCUAUCUAAAUCACGAGAAACAAGUGGACCUAUCGUCUUCCUAGGUGGACUUUUGUUGCUAAUCACCAGUAUUCUCGAGUUUAUACUCGGAAACACGUUUCCAUGCGUUGUAUUCGGUACUAUUGGAGGAUUCUGGUUCGCUUUUGCGGCCACCAUGAUUCCUGCCUUCAAUGCAGCCGCUCCUUAUUCCCCAUCAGCCACUGAUACAAGCGCGGGCCUCUCCAGUGCGAGCUUCAUGAAUACCUAUGCAUUCCUAUUUAUAACCAUGGCCGUGCUGAUGCUGAUCUUCAUGAUUUGCGCGACACGCACAAACGUGGUAUAUACACUCAUCUUCCUAGCCCUGCUCCUGGUGUUUCUUCUUUUGUCUUCUGCCUACUGGCGACUGGGCGAAGGUGAUGUUGCCGUUGGCAAUAACUGUGUGAAGGGUGCUGGGGCGUCGCUUUUCGUCGCUAGUCUCCUUGGCUUCUAUCUACUAAUUGUUCAAUUAUUUGAGGCAAUGGGAUUCCCAUUCCAUUUACCGGUUGGAGACUUGGCAGUAAUCUGGGAUCGCAGCAUGAACAAGUGA